AUGGACACCACGGUAGCGGCGCACCAUUAUGGCGGCCAUCAGGUCAUCGUUCAACGGCCGAAUAGUGUUGAUGCCACCCAUGUGUUGAUUUCUUGUAUAAGAGCAAUCCUGGCUCGCUCUCUAUUCAUUGUGCACUCGCUGGUCACAAUUCGUCAUACUGUUAAAAUCGAGGAACGGGAAAGUGUUUGGGCGUUUGCCCUUCUAUCCCUAUUGAUAGUGUUCGAGGGCGGCUACGCGAUUAUCAUGCGAGCCGGCGAUGAGCGCAAAUGGUUUUGCUCGAGCGUGUUCUUGUACAUCGUCGCGACGGCGCCGCCGAUUUGGAUUCUCGAGACAAAAAUUUGCGCGUGGCGGAAUAGUAUGAAGAAGACGAGACAAUGCUUUGCCUCGAUUUCAGCAUCAGAUAAUGGUGAGCUUUAUCUUCAAAUGCUCGAGCAGCUUCUGCUGGUCAACUUGAUUGUCGGCAGAUGGCUUUUGCCAAAAGGAGAUAUAUCCAGGGAGCAGCUCUCGCAGAUUCUUCUCGCUUAUUUGGCCAUAUCGUCGGAUAUUGUCGAGUUUUUCGAUGUUUUCAAAGAGCGCGAGGUUUUUUCAAACACCAAAGUCCAGCGGAUUGUCUUAGCUGCAUGGACGCUCAGCUUGCUUCAAUUCCCGUUUGUGCUCACCGUGAGCCGAGCGCGAAAAAUGCGCGUGGCGAUUACCAAUGAUUAUGAGCAGUUGUUCAGAAGGAAUCGACCGCGUAGUAUUUUUAAGGCAAUUUACGAUGUCGAUAUAUGGGCAAUCCUUCUCGCGAAUGCUUUACAAGAUGUCCCAUUCCUUCUCGUUCGCUUAUAUUUAAUGACCGUCCAUAAUCUGGUGACUUACACGAUGAUCUUCUUCUUCUUCAAGAAUAUGCUCAUUAUUCUACUACAAACGUAUAGGAGUAUCAUCAUCAUCAACGAUCGAUAUGUGAACCCGAAACCGCCGGAUAUGGAUAUAAUCGAGCACAAUAUGGAUUUGGUCAACUCGGAGACGUCAUCGCAGCACCGUCACGGCCACCACCAUCAUCACAAUCAUUCGCAUAGUAAAAAGAAGAAUAAGGAAAAAAGUCAUUCAAAGGCGCGAGUCGAAAGAAAGAAGAAGAAGCUCGACAACGCCGAAAUCGCCGAGGCGGCGAGCGAGGUCCACAUCGGAAGAGCGCGAGCAACUGUUUCCCAGGCAUGGAAGGCGGAAUAUUCAUGGGAAUUCGCGAUAAUUGGUGGAAAUGCCUACGCCGCCAAAAAGUCUGACGACGAAGAUGUCGGAAAUUGGAGCAUCAUCGGGCCGGUGUCGAGUUUCGCCAAUAUCGGCUCGAUUUCGAUGUUUGUUUCGCUUUCUAUUCGCCUUGAUCUUCGCAAAAGAUCAAGAUCGCGUCUCUCGGAUUUCCAUGAUUUCACCUCACCAACAAACUCGUUUUGCACCCAUUUUUUCAAGACCGCGAAAAACUAG